AUGCAGACUGCUUCUACAAACAUUUGUGAAAAAAUGUGCAAUAAGUCCAUCUGUGAAAUUUCCUUGCUGCUAAAUUUUCCAUGGUCAACUGUUAGUGGAAUUAUAACAAAGUGGAGGCAACUGGGAACAACAGCAACUCCGCCACCAAGUGGUAGGCCACGCAAAAUGUCAGAGUGAAUUCAGUGCAUGCUGAAGCACACAGUGCGCAGAAGUCGCCAACUGUCUGCAGAGUCAAUAGCUAAAGAUUUCCAAACUUCAUUUGGCCUUCAGAUUAGCACAACAACAGUGCAUAGAGAGCUUCAUGGAAUGGGUUUCCAUGGCUGAGCAGCUGCAUCCAAGCCUUACAUCACCAAGUGCAAUGCAAAGCAUCAGAUGCAGUGGUGUAAAGCACGCCUCCACUAGACUCGAG